AUGUUUUUCUGUCAAAAUAAUGUACUAAACAACAGGAAUUUAAUGUAAUAGUAACCACCGCCAUCUGUUCUCUCUCCCUCCUCUCUUCACAUUGCUGUCUUUGUUUCUUGCUUUAUCUCUAGAGGGUAUUCAACACUCAUGGCAAGUGUUCUAAAAAACAGACCUCCGAAUCAAUGGGAACGUUCCAAGAGUUCCAGCAUCAGACCAGAGAAAAACUUGCAAUUAGAUGGCAGUAGAGUGAAACACAAACGAAACAAGUCCGUGCUUUCUUCCUCUGCAUCAGCUCAUGAUUUGAGAAUUUUAGAGCUAGAGAAGGAGAGGCAAGAUCAAUCGUCUCCUAGAGGAGUUUUAGAAGCCUGCUUAGGAGGUAUUGACAACAACUCAGAUUCUCCUGACGACGGUCUCAUGGCAUCACCAGUUCGUUGUGCAAAUUCAGGAAAUUCUAGUUGGAGCAGAUUCUUUAAAGCAUGGAGAAAAAGAUCAAGACAAGCAAAGGAUAAGCACUUAGUUUCCUUUCCUUCAUUUGUGGUGCCUAAGAUAUCAAGAAGAAAGAGUAGGAGCUCUAGAGAGAAUCCAGUGCUGAGAAAUUUGUACAGCUUCAAGUCUUCCCUGCAGAACUUCAGCCUAUCAGAGCUCCAAGCUGCAACAGACAAUUUUAGCCAUGAGAACUUGAUUGGAAAGGGUGGUUUUGCUGAAGUAUACAGGGGCCGUUUAAAAGAUGGGAAGCUGGUAGCAAUCAAGCGGCUGACUAAAGGAACACCAGAUGAGAGGAUAACUGGGUUUCUAUCUGAGCUUGGUGUCAUAGCUCAUGUGAAUCAUCCGAACACUGCUAAGUUAGUUGGGUGCGGCAUUGAGGGAGGAAUGCACCUUGUAUUCCAGUUGUCGCCACUAGGGAGUUUGGGAUCAAUUCUUCAUGGUUCAAAAUGUAUGCUCGAUUGGAGCAAAAGAUAUAACAUUGCCUUGGGGACAGCAGAUGGUCUCACAUAUCUGCACGAGAAUUGUCAAAGGCGGAUCAUUCAUAGAGAUAUCAAGGCUGAUAAUAUUCUGCUCACUGAAGAUUUUGUGCCUCAGAUUUGUGAUUUUGGCCUUGCCAAGUGGCUUCCUGAACAGUGGACACACCGUAAUGUAUCAAAAUUUGAAGGCACCUUUGGUUACUUCGCUCCUGAAUAUUUUAUGCACGGCAUAGUUGAUGAGAAAACCGACGUUUAUGCAUUUGGAGUUUUACUUUUGGAGCUCAUUACAGGACGCCGAGCUUUGGAUCAACAGCAAAGCCUUGUGAUAUGGGCAAAGCCUUUGCUUGAUAACAAUGAUAUCAAUGAGCUUGUAGAUCCUUCACUUGACCAAAAGUAUAAUGCAGAGGAGAUGGAUCGCAUGGUUUUGACUGCCUCUCUAUGCAUUGAACAAUCUCCUAUUCUCCGUCCUCGGAUGAGUCAGGUUGUGAUACUACUCAGAGGUGACAAAUCUGCAGAAGAGGGUGCAUUGACAGGCCCAAGGCGGUCUCUCCAGAGAACUUACUCGGAAGAACUGAUGGAUGUGCAAGAAUACAACUCAACCAAGUACUUGAACGACAUUAACCGGCUUCAGGAUAUUGCUUUGGGAUCUUAGAAGCAACAGUGAACACCUUUAAGCAGCAGUACUAACUCUAGUAGCCCCGUCUUCCGUAGAGGGUGAAAGCAUGAAAUGCUGUUUUCCAUGGCAUUUGAAAAGCAAUGAUUCAUUUCAUUCAAAAUGUCAAAAGAAUCAAGUCAAAUUCCAUGUAAAACAUUAUGAAGUGGAUUCAUCUCCAAUGGAAGGCCCCAAAACCCUCUCAAUUUAUUCUGCUGGAAUGUAUUUAUAAUGUUUUGAAUCAAAGUUUUUAGGGAUCUAAACAUUGUAAGGAAGACUAAAGAACAUGUUUAUAGAACAAAAGAAUGGACUGUUUAUCAUGUCUUUUGUUAUGCUUGAUUUAGAUGAUUGUGAUGUUGAUGGCUGACAAUUUAUAGAACUCAUGUUAGUAGCUUGUAGUUCAGUCACUAAAGUGCAUACUUUCAA